UCCUCCGAAAGCCAGCCCGAGGGCGCAGUCGGCCGCGCCGGGGGGAGGCAGCUGGAGGGGUGGGGGGGGACAGGGCGGGGGCGGAGCGGCGGCUCCCGCCUCCUCCGCCGUCCUCCUCUCGCAGCCCCCGCCUCCGCCAGGCUAAGAAGCCAAGAGUCCGCGGCGCUGGCUCGGGGCUGCGGGAUGGGGAGUUAGCGCCACGGUGGCGGCAGUGGCCGCUGAGCAACCCGCCGCCACCCCCGGGCCAGUUUCGUCGGGGCCGCCGGGCGCGGCCAGUCCGCCCCGAAGUCAGGCCGGUAAGCGGCGGUGGCGACGGCGGAGCUGGGCAGGUGGCUGCGGCUGGAAGAUGGCGCCCUCGGGCCCGGGCAGCGUCAGACGGCGGUGCCGGCGGGUGUUGUACUGGAUCCCGGUCGCGUUCAUCGGCCUCCUGCUGGGCUGGUCCUACUAUGCCUACGCCAUCCAGCUUUGCAUAGUGUCCAUGGAAAACAUUGGAGAACAAGUUUUGUGCCUGAUUGCUUAUCAUCUACUUUUUGCAAUGUUUGUCUGGUCAUACUGGAAAACUAUCUAUACAUUACCAAUGAAUCCUUCAAAAGAAUUCCAUCUCUCUUAUGCAGAGAAAGAACUGCUGGAGAGAGAGCCAAGAGGAGAAGCCCAUCAGGAAGUUCUUAGGCGAGCAGCCAAAGAUCUUCCCAUCUAUACUAGGACCAUGUCUGGAGCAAUCCGAUAUUGUGACAGAUGCCAACUUAUAAAACCAGAUCGUUGCCACCACUGUUCCGUCUGUGAUAAAUGUAUUUUGAAGAUGGAUCAUCAUUGUCCCUGGGUGAACAACUGUGUUGGAUUUUCAAAUUAUAAAUUUUUCCUUCUUUUCUUGGCAUAUUCUCUGCUAUAUUGCCUUUUUAUUGCUGCUACGGAUUUACAGUAUUUUAUCAAAUUUUGGACAAAUGGCCUACCUGAUACUCAAGCCAAGUUCCAUAUUAUGUUUUUAUUCUUUGCUGCAGCUAUGUUUUCUGUCAGCUUGUCUUCUCUGUUUGGCUAUCAUUGUUGGCUAGUCAGCAAAAAUAAAUCUACAUUAGAGGCAUUCAGAAGUCCAGUAUUUCGUCAUGGAACAGAUAAGAAUGGAUUCAGCUUGGGUUUCAGCAAAAACAUGCGACAAGUUUUUGGUGAUGAAAAGAAGUAUUGGUUGCUACCUAUUUUUUCAAGUCUAGGUGAUGGCUGCUCUUUUCCAACUUGCCUUGUUAACCAGGAUCCUGAACAACCAUCUACUCCUGCAGGACUGAAUUCAACAGCCAAAAAUCCUGAAAACCACCAGUUUCCUGCAAAACCACUGAGAGAGUCCCAGAGCCACCUUCUUAGUGAUUCUCAAUCUUGGACAGAGAGUGGCACAUAUCCAGGAAAGGGCAAAGCUGGUAUGAGCAAUCCUGCAUUAACCAUGGAGAAUGAGACUUAACUCUUCAAGCAAAAUAUAUUUGUACUUUAUAAAAGUA